UUAAACGUAUGAACGUGGCCGCCAAAAGUACAGCCAAAGGUACGAGGAACGUCGGGGGACAAGCAUAUACAGUGGCGAAUAAAUCGAAGGUGACCUCGACGUCGCUUCCGAAGAAGGUCCAGCCGAAGGUCAAGAGAGUGGAACCCGAUGAGAUCAUAGAUGAAGAUGAGUUCCUGGAGGAUGAGCAGUUCGACCUUGACGAGGAGCUGGGUUCAUUGGUGGACGGUGGCCGGCGCCCGGAGCGGCCGGGGCGCGCGGACCUGGACGCCAACAAGGACGCCAGCGACCGCAGCUCGCGCUCCGGCGACGACAGCUACGACGAGCUACCGUCAUCAGACUCGGACGACCUGAACGAGUGGUUCGCUCUGGACGUCCGCUCUGAGAGGGCGGGGGACUACAUCCCACUGCUGGGUUCCAAGGCCAGGCAACUAUUACUAGCGGAGAAGCAACGCGUUUCAGCUAGACUGUCAAACUUGAAACAGAGCAUGGCAACACUGAACGAGUCCAGUUCACAGCAAGCGGAGACGUUGAGGCGGGCAACACUGCAGUUGGCUGAGUUGGACGCUGCUCUUAAGGCCUAGGGCUGCAGUGAAUACCUUGGCGGACCCGCUCGACAUACAAAGUGCUAAAAUAAUAAAAAUUACCAUCAUUUAUGGCCGUUGUUAAGGUCUAGACGACAAAGUGAACUUAUCUAAAAGUGGGGAAUCCCCUUAAUAAAUAUAGUUAUUUAAUAAAAACUACCCUCGAAGUUUAUUAUUACAUUAAUAUACUACUAACUAAUAACUUUUUACCUUGUCACUCCCCUUAAAGGAAAGAUAAUAAUAUUUUUAAAUAUCAGCUAUAGGCUAUACAACAUCACGCUACGACCAAUAGGAGCAAUUAUUUUGAUAGCGUAAUAUAUGAUGUAAUAUGAAAGUUUGUGUGCUAAUGAAGUCGCCGCCUGCAAUUGUAAAUAUUUUGUGGCACAAUAAAAUAUGUAUAAA